CAGAUGACUAUUACUGAUCCAUUGUCAAAAAGGAGAACAUAGUAAUCCCUAUGCUGCAAAUCUGUUAAGGAUGGGGUAUAAUAUGCAAGUGGCUGUCAAAAUCUUCUUUUUUGCUUUUUGGCUAUCUUCUUUUAUACUCGCUGAAAAUCAAGAUACUACCUGUGAAUAUCCCAGAGGUGAACAUCUGUUAAAUAAUCCGCCCAACUUCAAGCGGAUUUAUAAAUUAGGGGAGAACACAUGGUAUAGAUGUGAAUAUGGUUAUCAACGUACAGCUGCAAGUAUUACAUGUACAGAGAACAGCUGGGAGCCAGAACCACAAUGUAUUGAAAUUACUUGUCAAAAACCAGAGAUUGCACAUGGAGAAGUGCUGGGGAUACAAAAGAAUACUUAUAAUAAAAAUGUAAAAAUAGCGCUCAAGUGUAAUCAAGGAUAUGAACCUGGAAUAUUUUUUGUCACCUGUAAACAAAAUGGGGAAUGGGACAACAUGCGGCAAUGCACAUUGGGUAUAAACCUUAGAUGCCGAUAUCCUGAGCGAGAAAUAAAUGAUGCAAUUCGGAAUGACACAAAUCUGAAGGCGUACUAUGAGGAAGGUGGCGGUGUACAAUACAAGUGUAAAGAAGGCUUCUACUUUCAGCAUGGGAGCAAAGCCGUGUGUUCUGCAGGAAAAUGGAAGUACCCACAAUGCAUAAAAUUGGGUAUAAACCUUAGAUGCCGAUAUCCUGAGCGAGAAAUAAAUGAUGCAAUUCGGAAUGACACAAAUCUGAAGGCGUACUAUGAGGAAGGUGGCGGUGUACAAUACAAGUGUAAAGAAGGCUUCUACUUUCAGCAUGGGAGCAAAGCCGUGUGUUCUGCAGGAAAAUGGAAGUACCCACAAUGCAUAAAAUAUACUACCUGUGAAUAUCCCAGAGGUGAACAUCUGUUAAAUAAUCCGCCCAACUUCAAGCGGAUUUAUAAAUUAGGGGAGAACACAUGGUAUAGAUGUGAAUAUGGUUAUCAACGUACAGCUGCAAGUAUUACAUGUACAGAGAACAGCUGGGAGCCAGAACCACAAUGUAUUGAAAUUACUUGUCAAAAACCAGAGAUUGCACAUGGAGAAGUGCUGGGGAUACAAAAGAAUACUUAUAAUAAAAAUGUAAAAAUAGCGCUCAAGUGUAAUCAAGGAUAUGAACCUGGAAUAUUUUUUGUCACCUGUAACCAAAAUGGGGAAUGGGACAACAUGCGGCAAUGCACAUUGGGUAUAAACCUUAGAUGCCGAUAUCCUGAGCGAGAAAUAAAUGAUGCAAUUCGGAAUGACACAAAUCUGAAGGCGUACUAUGAGGAAGGUGGCGGUGUACAAUACAAGUGUAAAGAAGGCUUCUACUUUCAGCAUGGGAGCAAAGCCGUGUGUUCUGCAGGAAAAUGGAAGUACCCACAAUGCAUAAAAUAUACUACCUGUGAAUAUCCCAGAGGUGAACAUCUGUUAAAUAAUCCGCCCAACUUCAAGCGGAUUUAUAAAUUAGGGGAGAACACAUGGUAUAGAUGUGAAUAUGGUUAUCAACGUACAGCUGAAAGUAUUACAUGUACAGAGAACAGCUGGGAGCCAGAACCACAAUGUAUUGAAAUUACUUGUCAAAAACCAGAGAUUGCACAUGGAGAAGUGCUGGGGAUACAAAAGAAUACUUAUAAUAAAAAUGUAAAAAUAGCGCUCAAGUGUAAUCAAGGAUAUGAACCUGGAAUAUUUUUUGUCACCUGUAACCAAAAUGGGGAAUGGGAAAACAUGCGGCAAUGCACAUAUACUACCUGUGAAUAUCCCAGAGGUGAACAUCUGUUAAAUAAUCCGCCCAACUUCAAGCGGAUUUAUAAAUUAGGGGAGAACACAUGGUAUAGAUGUGAAUAUGGUUAUCAACGUACAGCUGAAAGUAUUACAUGUACAGAGAACAGCUGGGAGCCAGAACCACAAUGUAUUGAAAUUACUUGUCAAAAACCAGAGAUUGCACAUGGAGAAGUGCUGGGGAUACAAAAGAAUACUUAUAAUAAAAAUGUAAAAAUAGCGCUCAAGUGUAAUCAAGGAUAUGAACCUGGAAUAUUUUUUGUCACCUGUAACCAAAAUGGGGAAUGGGAAAACAUGCGGCAAUGCACAUUGAUUACUUGUCUACUUGGAUCACCCACAACUGGUGUUGUCAGCACAAAGCCAAUAGGGAAAAAUAUAUUUCUGGCUGGGGAAUAUGUGGAGAUUAUAUGCUCAAAAAAAUACUGGAUUUUUGGAACAAAGCAAGUGUCACGAAAUAUUAAAUGCAAAGAGGAUGGGAAAUGGGAAUUGAGGCCAGUGUGUGAGGAAAUCACCUGUGAAUAUCCCAGAGGUGAACAUCUGUUAAAUAAUCCGCCCUACAACAAGCACAUUUAUAAAUUAGGGGAGAACACACGGUAUAGAUGUGAAUAUGGUUAUAAACAUAGAGCUGCAAGUAUUACAUGUACAGAGAACGGCUGGGAGCCAGAACCACAAUGUAUUGAAAUUACUUGUCAAAAACCAGAGAUUGCACAUGGAGAAGUGCUGAGAAUACAAAAGUAUACUUAUAAUAAAAAUGUAAAAAUAGCGCUCAAGUGUAAUCAAGGAUAUGAACCUGGAAUAUUUUUUGUCACCUGUAACCAAAAUGGGGAAUGGGAAAACAUGCGGCAAUGCACAUUGGUGAAAUGCCCUAUUAUUAGCAAUUUAGGCGAUGUGAUUACAACAGACAACACUGAAGAAGCAAGAUAUGGUGAUUUUAUCCACUUUAAGUGUGCAUCUCCUAACAAGAUGUUAGAGGGACCAGAAGAAAUACACUGCAAAGAUGAUGGACAAUGGAGUGACAAAAUACCGAAGUGUAAAGAAAAAACAACUUGUGCAAAAACCUCUGUGCAAAAUGGGUUCACAUAUAAAUUGCCCGGAGGAUUUUCUUACUCAUGUCACGCAAACAAUAAAGCAUUUGAUGAGAAAUGGUGGGGAGUGGUAAUCUGCACUGAAGGCCCACAGAGUUAUGCACCACUGUGUAUACCUAAUGAUCAGUGUGGACAAAUACCCAAUGUUCAUGCAAAGAAAAUUCAAGAAAAGAAAGGGUAUAAGAAUGAGGAAACAGUAGAGUUUGAAUGUGAAUCAAAACCAUGUUGUUUUAAAUGUAUCAGUGGAACGUGGCAAGACUGUCAAUGUAUUCCUCCCAGUGUUGAAAAUGCAGUUAUUACUUCACACAGUCAGCAUCAAGUGGAAUACAUAUGUCGAAAUAAUUACACAAUAACUGGGAAACGGUUAAUAUCCUGCAACAGCUCACAGUGGAAAGAACUACCAUCAUGCAAUUUGGGUAUAAACCUUAGAUGCCGAGAUCCUGAGCGAGAAAUAAAUGAUGCGAUUCGGAAUGACCCAAAUCUGAAGGCGUACUAUGAGGAAGGUGGCGGUGUACAAUACAAGUGUAAAGAAGGCUUCCACUUUCAGAAUGGGAGCAAAGCCGUGUGUUCUGCAGGAAAAUGGAAUUACCCACAAUGCAUAAAAUUGGGUAUAAACCUUAGAUGCCGAGAUCCUGAGCGAGAAAUAAAUGAUGCGAUUCGGAAUGACCCAAAUCUGAAGGCGUACUAUGAGGAAGGUGGCGGUGUACAAUACAAGUGUAAAGAAGGCUUCCACUUUCAGAAUGGGAGCAAAGCCGUGUGUUCUGCAGGAAAAUGGAAUUACCCACAAUGCAUAAAAUUGGGUAUAAACCUUAGAUGCCGAGAUCCUGAGCGAGAAAUAAAUGAUGCGAUUCGGAAUGACCCAAAUCUGAAGGCGUACUAUGAGGAAGGUGGCGGUGUACAAUACAAGUGUAAAGAAGGCUUCCACUUUCAGAAUGGGAGCAAAGCCGUGUGUUCUGCAGGAAAAUGGAAUUACCCACAAUGCAUAAAAUUCAGUAUAAACCUUAGAUGCCGAGAUCCUGAGCGAGAAAUAAAUGAUGCGAUUCGGAAUGACCCAAAUCUGAAGGCGUACUAUGAGGAAGGUGGCGGUGUACAAUACAAGUGUAAAGAAGGCCUCUACUUUCAGAAUGGGAGCAAAGCCGUGUGUUCUGCAGGAAAAUGGAAUUACCCACAAUGCAUAAAAUUGGGUAUAAACCUUAGAUGCCGAGAUCCUGAGCGAGAAAUAAAUGAUGCGAUUCGGAAUGACCCAAAUCUGAAGGCGUACUAUGAGGAAGGUGGCGGUGUACAAUACAGAUGUAAAGAAGGCUUCCACUUUCAGAAUGGGAGCAAAGCCGUGUGUUCUGCAGGAAAAUGGAAUUACCCACAAUGCAUAAAAUUGGGUAUAAACCUUAGAUGCCGAGAUCCUGAGCGAGAAAUAAAUGAUGCGUUUCGGAAUGACCCAAAUCUGAAGGCGUACUAUGAGGAAGGUGGCAGUGUACAAUACAGAUGUAAAGAAGGCUUCCAAUUUCAGAAUGGGAGCAAAGCCGUGUGUUCUUCAGGAAAAUGGAAUUACCCACAAUGCAUAAAAUAAACGUGAAAACAUCGGAGGACAGAACAGUUCUCAAUCAACAACCGUUGCCUGGAGACAAAGCAAUGUACACAAAACAUGGUCAAUCUAUAAUAUCAAGGUGUCAAUCAGGAACAUAUCAAAAACAUAUAUAGCAGAAGUGUCUUGAUAGAAUAUUACACCUGCUUUCAUUAAUUAAAAUUCUAACAGAUUUUCAUGUAACUGCUAAAAUGAUGUAUGUAGUUUUAUUUGAGAAAAAUAAUAAUGGACCCAUACAGCCAGAACAACAAUUAUAACUAGUUACUAAAGAUUAAUCUACAUUUUCAAAUCAUAUGGAGAAUUGAUGAGGAGUACUAGAAGGUUCUUCUUUAAUCGUGAUUUUUACAGGACAAUUUUAUAUUGUCUUUUCAUAGAUAAUUCAGCAAGUUAAUAAAAACAUUUAUAAUUA